CUCGGCUCAAUUUGCCAAAGAGCUGUCUUCUUGGGUCAUGGCAACCUGAAAGUUUCAUUUGUGCAAUCAGCCUUCAGGAAAUGCUAACUGCUGCAAAUGUACAUGCGUAACAACACUCACCUUUUGAAAACACUUUGAGUAUUUAUUUGAGUGAUUGCCAUAUUGAGAAAGCUGCAAAUGUCAAAGUAUUUGCUGUAGAGGACAGAUUAAACAUUGUUAGAAAAUAAAUUUGUUGUCAAUUCAGAUGAGAGGUUGUUAGAAAUCCUCAUGGAUUCUGAAACAAUUUUAGCCUUUAAGGAGGAGUUUGAACAGUUGAGUUCUUUCCUUACCACUUCAAUCCCUGCUGUGUCGCUUCCCAUGCCCCUCGUCUGAGUAGCUUCUUUGGUUCUGACCUUGGCCCAAAUUUCAGCACUAUAGCUGCAGCAUGGCUGGUGCUGUCUGACUCGGACUGUCUGGGUGUCACAGCAAUUUACUUAAGUAGGACAGAUCACAGACAGAUGAGGGAUGUGUGUGUGUGUGUGUGUGUGUGUGUGCAUUUAAACAUCAACUAUCAAUUUGUUUUUACACUUCACUUUUGUACUCUUUUGGAUCGUGUGCCCGCUGAUAUAUCUGAGCACAUCAGCCAUUGGCAGAAAAUGCAAUCUUGUAGCAGAGCAGUAAAUUUAGAUAUGACAAAGUCAGUAAUGCUGGAAUAUGACAGUUACUAACACAAACGUUAACAGGGUGCUGUGUUUUGUGAGAAGUCUGCUUAUAUCCUUAAGGUUAUUUGAUAGGGCUGUGAAAGGGCCUCCCCAUGCAGAGCCAUUUUAAACUGGGCCUGGGACCAGCAGGCACACGGGCCAGAGAGAGAGUCUGCUCCAUAUCAAAGAAAAGUAAGAACAAACUCGACUUUUGAAGCUGAUACCGUUUUAUACGUGCAGUUCUUAUGGACAUAACCGUUGACAAUCGAAAGUUGAAAUUGCAACUCUCUCCACAUUCAUUCAGACAGGAGUCUGGUCUUGUUAGCCCAAAAUGACCGCCCACCAAGAUGGCUGACGAGUGGCGAAACUUGCCUCGAAGGACUUUGAGUUUAGCCUUGUUUACCAAAUCAGCCAGGACUGGAAUCUUAAGGAUUAUAACUUUAAGUAGCUUUCAGUUUAGAAAAAUCCUCUUAUUCAUAUUGUUUUCAUUUUAUUUGCCUUAUUGCCAUUUAAUUUUAAUGCUGAAGUGUUUUAAUCUGUUUUCCUGAAGCACUUUGUAACUUUGUUUUGAAAGGUGGUGUAUAAGUCUGAAUGGUUGUUUGUUGCCUACCACCAGCAACCUAAAAUGGAUAAGCUGUAUAGAUAAAGAAUGAAUGAAUAUCAUAUCAGGUUGUUCCAGCCCUUAAAGCUCUAGGACAUUUUUGGCUUUUGGCCUCUCUAUUCAUCAUAGUAUAUUAAUAUUGUCAUGUUAUGUGCAUCAUUUUAUACAUUAAAAUGCAGACUGACAUAUUUUGACCAUUUUUGAUCUUCACUAGAAUUUUAAAUAUGGUCCUGUUGGUCUGACCAGCAUGUUGCUUUACAACAUAUUGAUGCUGUGGGCUUUAAGAUUUUGAAGAAAUAUCUAAAGACAUAUUUCAUUUGCUCUGUCAGAUGUCAGAGUGGCGAGCUGCCUAAGAAAACCUUGUGAGAAUGCAAUGGAAAGACAAAGCAAGAAAAGAAGCACCCGUGAACAAGACAAAGAAUGACUGAGCACUGUAGCUGUCUUUUCAACUCUGUGCUUUUGCAACAAGACAUAAUGUAAUCUCUCCUUGAGACGGAAGGAUUUUUAUAACCUGCGCUGGCUGGGCCUUGAGCAGGAGAAGAGACAGGCUGAGUGAAGGCUGUUUAUCCCACGGUGUCCUUGAUAUAAACAUGUGAAAAAUCUCUCUGUUUUCUUUCUCAGCUAAAUCAAUACAAAGACAUUCGGCCUCUGAACAAUGUUGUAGCAUUACUGCAAAAGUUUUCCAUCCUGCCUCCUGCUCAUAGUCGUGUCCUUCGGCCAAACAGAGCAGGGGACACUGAUGUCCAGCUCACUGCUAUUUCAUUAAUGUUGCCAUGCACUCAGUGUCAUCCUUUCUUUACCCCGAAAGACGGCCUUCGACAAGACUGAGGGUAUUUGUUGGGUGGCUGCAGCAGAACUGCCUGAAUCACAACCUUUGCAUUUGUAUUAUUCUUUCACAAUUUUCCUCAUUCUGAGAGCAUCUUUGCUUGGUUUCUUUCUGGUUAAACUCCUUUGUAAUCACUUCUAAUUUUCCCAGAGCCGACCUCCUCCCUCCUUCCCUCCCCUCCCUCUUUCUCGGGUAGCAGUCAACCCUAACCUGUGAUCCCUCUUAGGAGCAAUUAAGAUAAACCUCUAAUUCAUCUGCUUUAUCCCGACCUGUCUUUCCCAGUCUCUCAUUCACUGACCUCCACUCCUCCCCUUCUUCCAACCCCCCCUCCCCUCCCCUCCUCUCUCUGCUGCUCACCAUCCUCCUUCAGUGACAGAAGGCAAGGAGAGCAUUGAGUCAUGACAUCAUAAUUCACCAGCUCCUGUUUUCACGGUUAAAUCAAUAUCAGUGUGUCCGAAGUCAAGGUUGGAGGCUGGCCUUCACAGCUCAGCUCUUCCCACUUCUUUCUCAUAGAAAAUCAUAUAAAUUGUCCCUAAAAUAAUUAAGCCUUCAGAUCUGUCGCUGGCCUAUAUUUUUUACCAGCUCCUGUCUGAUAAACAGCGCUGCCAGAAAGUCAAGGUAAUGCUGAGAAUAGAACUGGGCUCUGAUUCCUUAUCUGUCUGUGCCUCUCUCCUCUUCCCCCUUGCUCUCUCAGUUAAUUACACAAUCUGCUUAAUUAACCAGCCCUGUUGAUUGUUGUUGUUUACCUUUAGUAUUGUAUGAUAGUCUACAUUGUUCCAUCAGGCUGAAAUGUGACACGUUUGAUGUUUUAUUUGAGCCUUUCUUAACCUUUCAUGGGUGAGCAAAAGUGUAACUUAAUGUUUAUAAUCUGACAUGUUUUCCAGCAAAAUCGCCCUUUUACAGUGCUGUGUGUUUCAUAUGUGGGAGCACUGAAGUGUGUGUGUGUGUGUGUGUGUGUGUGUGUUGGGGGGUGGGAGUGGAGAAAGAGGUGGUGCCUGAGCUUGGGGGAGGCGGAAUAUGCAAUGAGUCUGAACGAGCUCUCCAAGCGCACUUACAGACGGGAGCUAAUAUAAACGUGCUGCCCUUCACUCGGGGCUAUCUGGGGGCUAGGAAAACAGCGCUACCUGUGUCACUGACCUCCGGCGUUUCAAAGAGACAGCGGGACGCGCCGAGCUCCGGCCCAUGUAGAGCGGCCAGCGGCCAUGGCCACGCUGGAGGGCUGCCGCUGCCGGGGUGCAGGCGGCCGAAACAACAACAGUAUCCUCUACAGCAUUUUGAGGAGUGACAGUCUUCGAACGUCCGAGGAGCAGCAGCAGCAACAACAGCAACAGCAACAUCCCCAACAGCAACAACAAACACUGCAACAUUUCCACAAGACUUCCUCCUCCUCCGCCCCAGCCUCGUUGCAGGAGCUCCGGCAGCAGGCUUGCUCCUGCGGGUCGUCGCGGCGCCGGGGCAUCCUUCGCUCCCCGCAGGUGACGUGCAAAGCCGCGUCGGCGGUUCUGGUGAAGACGCUGCGGUUCGUGAAAAACGUCCCCUGUUUUCAAGAGUUGCCGGAGGACGACCAGCUGCUGCUGAUCCGGAGCGGCUGGGCUCCACUGCUCGUGCUGGGGCUCGCUCAAGACCGGGUGGACUUUGAGACCACGGAGACCGUGGAGCCCAGCAUGCUGCAGCGCAUCCUCACGGGUUUGCCCGACAGGCAGAGCGAGGUUCCGGUCGGCCACAGCCGAGGGGCGGUCGGGGUCUCCGUCGUAGACAUCGAAGCUAUCAAAGCUUUCCUGAAGAAGUGCUGGAGCGUGGAUAUCAGUACGAAGGAGUAUGCAUAUCUGAAAGGAGCCGUGCUGUUCAAUCCAGAUUUGGAGGGUCUGCGCUGCCUCCACUACAUCCAGUCGCUGCGUCGGGAGGCGCACGAGGCUCUGAACGAGCACGUCCGGCUCAUCCACCGCGAAGACACGACGCGGUUCGCCAAGCUGCUCAUAGCUCUGUCCAUGCUGAGGGCCAUCAGCCCGCCGGUGGUCGCUCAGCUCUUCUUCAGACCCGUCAUAGGGACCGUGAGCAUAGAGGAGGUGCUCAUGGAGAUGUUCUACGGGAAGUAGGGUCGCAGUCCCCAGAGGUCUGAGGUGAAUUCAGCAGAUUCAGGGUGGACUGAGAUGCUCCAAGCUCGUGUUGGGUGGGUGGGGGGGAGUGAGGGCAGAUGAAGAACUACUAUGUGUGGGAGAUCUUCAAAGGCUGUGCAACGACCAGCACAACCAAGACACUGUGUGUGUGCAUGAGAGAAUGAGAGAGAGCGUGCUGAGGGUAAGAGGUGUUAUAACAGAGGAAAAAUACAGAGCAGCUGCUUGAAUUCCUAAUUUAUUUGUUUUUAUAUAAACUAUUUUUCUAUAAUAAAAGGAAUACUCCCUGA